AUGGCGGUGUUAAGGGUCGCUCCCUGCCUCCUAGUUCUCUUCGCUGUCUACUCAUUCCCUGGGCAUGUCCAGGCACAUCCAUAUCCGCCUUCAAUUCAGGAGACUCCAGACUUACUCCAUUUGACAUCUGAUUCAGUGCAGCAGAAGAGCAGUUUACCAGAUUCAGGCCAACUAUCACCUGAUUCAGUGCAUCAAAAUUCCUACACGAUUCUACCCAUUUCCGUCCCAGUUCAGUUAAAUCUGAAAGCAGGUCCUUCUACCAGUGAUCCCAGUUAUCUCUCUCAGGGGCCAGCUCUUUCUAUUUUAAACCACGAGACCGGAUCCAUGCGAGCUUCCAAAAAUGAAGAUCGCAUUGGCACAGAUUCUCCAGGGGACAUAACAGGAGAAGACAUUCCAGCUCAUGACCUUAAUUCGAAUUCAUCCUCUGACCCUGGACUCUCACCCAAUCCUGCGCCAAGGUAUGCGAGGAAGUUAGCCAACCAGAUUCCUGUUAGUACAAAUUACCAAUCAGAUAAGACCGGAGACUUGCAUGUAACUCAGAUAACUGACUUUCGAUCAUCUAAAAUAUCUGACCAGAUAGUUCCCGAUGUAGGAUCUGCGAAGCUAGUUAGUCCACAACUACCAGUGUUACCUAGUCUGGGCGCUACCAGGUUAAUUGAUCUAGGAUCUGCCAAGGUAAUCGACACUAAAGCAAAGUCUAAACCAGAUGAUUUAAAAGAUGUCACUAUAGGCUCUAUUAGGGUUACUAACUUGGGAUCAAGACCUGGAGUUACAUAUUUAGGAUCUGUUAAGGCAAGCGACCUAGGACUUAUUAAAACUGCUGAUGCGGCUAAUGUUCAGGUAGGUGACUCAGGCUUUGUCCAAGGAAGUAAUAUUACCUCUGCCCAGGUAGGUGACUUGAAACCUAACACUGCAAGUGACUUAGGGUCAGCAAAGACAAAUGACAUAGAUUAUAUUCAGUCAAGUGGCUUAGAAUCCCUCGAGGCGAGAGAGCUAGGUUCUGCCCAAACAGAUGGUUUAGGGUCUGCUCAGAUAAAUGAGCUUGGGCCAACCAGACUGAUUGAUCUUGGGUCUAUUAAAGUGUUAGAUGCAGAACCUACAGUUGACUUAGGACCCACUAUAGGAAGUGACUUGAAUUCAGCCCUAUCCAGUCAAAGGCUUACUCCUGGGAUACUCUCCAAACCUACAAAGGUAGCUGAAACAGGGUUUCCCGAGGUAUCAUAUCUAGGAACUGUUAAAUUAGCUGAUCUUAUACCUACAAAGGAAAAUGAUCCAGAAGUUGACCUAGAAACUGCAGUGGAAACUGUUCUGAAAUCUGAAGAGAAUAACCUAGAAACCACUCAGAUAUCUACAGGACGCCAUCCAGAAUUCCUGCAACCCUCUUCUCCAACAGAAGAUGAAGAUUCAUUUCCAGAGAUUGAACUUGACACAAGCCCUUUCAUUAGCCUUGACUCUGCCCUCUUUAUUAACUUGGGACCUUCAACUGACCCAAGUGCAUCAUCUACCGAGGUCCAGGAAGAUUCUCCACUCAUAGACCUCAUCUCAGACACCAUCCUAGAAAUGGUAACCAAAGAACCUGACCAAAAUUCAGAACCAGGGCCUCAUGGCAGUCUGUUCUCUAAGCCAUCUCCCGAGAAAUUCCAUUUACAGGAGUCAGUUAUGACUCUCAAUUGGAUCAAAACUCUGAGGUGGAAAAGGGGAAAUGGCUCGGUUCAUGGCAUGGAAGUUAAGACAGAGUCUUAUUCUCCAAUUGCUGAGCUUGGAGAUGCCUCUAAAGGUACUUCUGAACAGUCAUUAUUUCAUGAACCUGGGAAUCAUCAAACACCUGUGCAUGGCUUUGCUUUCAACUCGGAUCUUCAAUAUGUUCCACUUGAACAAUCAUCCAAUGUGGGCCAUGUCCCAGUUAAUGACAGACACUUCUCAUCUGCUCUUGCAUAUGAACCUUCCGGAUACACACCUCUCUCUGACUCUGCAUACCCUUUGGACCCCGCUGAAGGAGAGGUUCCACAAAUUACACUUAGACAAAACAGUGCAAUCAAUACCGAUAAUGAGCCAUCCUCUGACAUGGCAUUUCCAUCUUAUGACCUGAGAUAUAAUUCUGCAUCCUCAGAUGACUUCGAUUACACCUCUACUUUGACACAUGAGUUGGAGCAAUACCCAGACUCAGAACAUCUUCAGCAGGACAAAUCAUCACCUACUGAUGCUGCCCUAGUUCAUGCACUUAGUACAGAGCCAAACCAAGGGACAACCUAUCAAGAUCCAGUUUCAAAUACCGCACCAAGAUUCUUCCGUGACAUUGCACAUGACUCUGGUGUGGAAGCUCAACACUCUCUAAAUGGUGUGCAGGGACAGUCGGUCCUGGGUGAUGAACAGCGAUAUCAAGUGCCUCUUUUGGAGGGAGAUAAGUCCUCAAUUAUAGGAUCAGAAUAUGACCAACUCUCAGCCACAGGGUCUCAGUAUAAUCAGUCACCAACAACUGAGAAAAAGCAAGACCAGUCCUUACCUAUAGCGUUGCAAUAUGAUGAAUUACCAACAAGUGAUCCUUCCCUAAUCACAGGGUUUGACUAUGAACAUUCCUCAGUCACAGGUUCGCAGUAUAACCAAUCACCAGUAAGUGGAGAAAACCAUAGCCUGUUCUCUGCCACAGGGUCUCAAGAUAAUCAGAUAUCAAUCCCUGUGGUAAAGAAUAAUCAGCCUCAAAUUGCAGGGUCAGAAUAUGGCCUGUCCUCAGUCACAGGGUCACAAUAUAGCCAGUCUUUAGGCAUAGAGACACCAAUUAAUCAAGUACCAAUAACUGGGACCCAGUACGACCAGUCUUCAGUUACAGACUUUGGAAAUAUUCAGACACCGAGCACAGUGCCUCAAUUUGCCCAUUCUGCAAUUGGGUCACAGAAUAACCAGUCACCAGAAACUGUGCCACAACAACAGUUUUCUGUUCCAGGAUCAACUUAUAAUCAAUUAGAAACCAAUGUGCCCAACCCUGACCAAUCCUCAGUCACAGAAUCACAGUAUGACCAGUCUCUACUAACUGGGCCACAGUAUGACCAAUCACUACCAACAGGAUCACAAAAUGUACAGAUUUCUGCUACAGGGUUUAUAAAUGAAUCACCAGUCAUCACUUCACAUCAUGUCCAAUCCUUAACAUCAGGCUCACGGUAUGACCAGCCAGUACCAAUUACCAAAGAACAAAACGAUCAAUCAGUGAAUAACCAGUUUAUAGUCGCAGACUUUGGUGAACCUGCCAUUACAGGAUCACAAAAUGAUCAAUUUAAGACAAUAUUUAAUCAACACAGCCAACUUACAACUUCAGGGUCACAAUAUAACCAACCUUCAGUCACUGGGCCACAGUAUAACCAACCUGCAAUCACAGGAUCACAGUAUAACCAACCUGCAAUCACAGGAUCACUGUAUAACCAACCUGCAAUCACAGGAUCACAGUAUAACCAACCUGCAAUCACAGGAUCACAGUAUAACCAACCUGCAAUCACAGGAUCACAGUAUAACCAACCUGCAAUCACAGGAUCACAGUAUAACCAACCUGCAAUCACAGGAUCACAGUUUAACCAACCUGCAAUCACUGGAUCACAGCAUAACCAACCUCCAAUCACUGGAUCACAGUAUAACCAACCUGCAAUCACUGGAUCACGGUAUAACCAACCCUCAGCUGCCGAAGAAUCAAAGUACACUUUACCAGAUAAAGUUAACACUGGAUAUGCUCAACAAACAAACAUACACAACCCUACUGGAAUCGACAGUGCAUCAGCAGCUGAAUAUGACUACCUUACUGGCUCUGGUUCUCAUGCUGAUGAAUCUGGGAACUCGCGAUUUGAAUAUGUUCAAGCGUCUGAUGUGCAGACUGAUUAUGCCCAGCCAAUAAGCACAGAACCUGAUUAUCUACAGCCAAGAGAAGUACCUAAUGAUUUACAGUUAGAACAAGGUACUGAUAAUGUCCAAGGAAUAAGCCAUGCAAAUGAUUACGUCCACGAAGUACAAACAGGAAUUGACUAUACUUUAGGUAAUGAUGGGCUUGAUUACACCCAAGAAGUAGGCCAAGUAUCUGAUUAUGUAGUAACUGACUAUAGUCAGACAGGACCAGGUAUUAAUGGUGCUCAGGCAGAUGUCCCUGAUUAUGUUCAAACACUUGUCCCUAAUUACGUUCAGUCAACGGUCCCUGAUUAUGUUUAUUCAGAUGUCACUGAUCAGGGAUCCGACCACAUAGAGCUAACAAACCCUAGCCUUAAUCCACUAGUGGAUCAAAAUAAAGGAAGUGUUUCUCAUACAAAUCAAAUAUCUGACCAAAGCCAAUUAGGCGCCGUUGCACCCUUUAUUCAACCAGUUAUUUUGUUGCCAGAGCUUAUUCACCCAAGAGAAUUAGGAAGUGAAUAUGACCAGUCAAGUAGCUUGGACUCAUCAGCUUUCCAGAUUGAUAAGACAGAUGCUGAAAGUGGCCACCUAUCUGAUAUAAAGACCAAUGUUGAGGUAGACAUCCAACUAAAAGGCAAAGAAUCAGAACAUGCUGAUAUAGGAUCUGGCUAUCCACAUGCAAAUAACCCAGAAGCAUCUCAAGUGACUCCCACAUUAAGAACUCAAUACAGCCAGUUAAAUAAUGUUAGACUAGAAAAUACUCAGACAUCUGCCGAGAAAACUGAUUAUGUUCAGCCAUUAUCUACAGGCUACGAGUCAACACAGUCAAGAGUUUCAACUGAACUAGGACAUGGACCAGGUCUGACAAAUAACUUGGGUUCUUCCCAAAGUGUAGAUCCUGAAUAUAAUCUGCAAGAGACUCAUUUUAACCCUCAGAGUCAUGAGAACUCUUUACAAAUACUUGAUCUUCCUUCCACUCCAAGUAAGGAUUUUUCAGAUGACACAAUAUCUGGGAGCGAAUUUGGCAACAUUCCAACCCAAGAACAUGGUGUAAUAUCCACAUUCACCGACUCGCCAGAUUUUUCCGCAAGUUCUUCAUUUAACAGCCAGUAUGAGGAAACCAAUAAUCAGUCGCCAUUUUCUACACUUGACUUUGCUGUUGAUCAUACAGCUGAUCAGCAUGUCCCUCUGCCUGACGAAGUACCAAUAGCUCGCUCCAUCCCAGAGUCUAAUCCAGAAACCCAAGAGUAUCUGAUACAAGAUACUUUUAAACCAUCUGCAAAAAUCGAUACGGGUAGCCAAGACUUGCUGGAAAAUGAGAAAUAUUCAUAUGGUUUAGAAAAUACAUCAGCUGCCGAAGUGGUUCCAAGCACAGCAGAUGACAUAGGAAGCCAGUUAGCGCAUGGCCAAGGCUUUACUUCUGCCCCAGAAUUUCCGUCAGGUGUACUUGAUUCUACUACAACAGGAAUUUAUGAACAUUCUGUUUCCGAGGAAAUAUCAAACAUUUUACAAGAAGCUAACCUCAGUCAGACUCCAGUACCUUACACAGGACACACUUCAGAUCAUUAUCGAGGAUCUGUUCAAACAUCUACACUUGGAUACACUGCAGCACCUACUCUGGGAUACUCACAGAAACCUUUGACAUACACACCAGGUGCUUCUGUGGGAUACACAGCAGGUAAUGCGGCAACACCUGCUGUAGAAUACACCCCAACUCCUACUCCAGGAUAUACACCAUCUGUCCGAGGAUACACGCCAGCCCUUGCUUCCAGAUAUACAUCACCUAUAACUCAAGGAUAUACCACACCUUCUGCUUUAGGGAAUACUCCUACACCUGCGCCGAGACUCGCAUCAUUGUCUGAUUACAACCAAAGCCCACAGCCUGGGUUGGAGUUUACUCCAAAGCCUAUCCAGGAAUACACACCUUCUCCUGACACAGGGCGAGGGCCAUCUCCCACAGUAGGAUACACACCCAAACCAAUAACAGGAUACACCCCUCAUGAACAAGGACGAAUCUCGGCUUCUACACAAGGAUACCCACCAGUCACUACCCAGAGCCCAACCCAAGAACCCGAUUUUACUCAGACAACACCCUCUGUCUUGAAUCGUACUCCACUCCUUCAGAAAACAAAUCCACUAACUCCUGUAGUUGGAAUCACUCCUUCACCUUAUCCCAACGUCACCCCAACACCCGCUCCUAUCUUGGAUAAUACCUUAGCACCUAUCCAGGAAUACACCACAAGGCCUCCCCAAGGGUUUGUCACCACACCUGCCUACUCCCAAAGACAAGCUCCAACUCGCACACAAGAACAGAGAUCGCCUGGUUUCGGACUCGCUCAGGCGCGCGAACAAGUCCCUGGAACCGCAACUCCGGCUUCGCAGCGACGGAGGAAGAGACCUUCGAAAGGAAGAAAGCACCAGGACCGCCAGCCAGAGCAAUUGAAGCCGUACGUGUUCGCCUACUCGAUCACGGACCCGAGGAACGGCGCUGACUUCGGCCAGACGGAGGAGAGCGACGGCAACGUGGUGUCCGGACAAUACCACGUGCUUCUGCCCGAUGGGAGGCGACAGAUGGUGCAAUACCGAGCCGACCCGAUCAACGGCUUUGUCUCAGAAGUGGAGUACGUGGAAAACCACCUGCCGGGCUCAGGUGGUUUCCCCUUCCCGGCUCCUCGCUCUCGGGUGCCUACAGGUGGUUCCUCGCCAUCUGCAAGCUCUACUCAUCCCACAGGUGGCGGGGUGCUCCACGGUGAGCCUACAGGUGGUGCACAGUACCGCCUACCUACAGCUGGUGAUCAGUACCGGUCUCCCUCAAUCCAGACAAUAACGAGAAGUCUCCCUCCAGUUGAAUACUUACGCCAGCUGUCGACGAAAGCAGCAGAUGGAAACCCCGGCAGAACCAAUACUGAAGUGCCAUCUGAAGAAGAUAGCGAGCACGAGGUAUCUGCAGGUGGUGAUCGCACGCAACGCCACGAACCAGCAGCCGGAUCUCCCGUAGUAAGACAACUGCCGACUUGGGUUCACCGUUCCACCGUGAGCGGGCAGCGAGGACCAACUUGGCGCGCUUAUUACGAAAACUAAAUGUAGUAAUAUGAAUGAGACAAAGACAGAUAAUUGAUGAAGGUAAAGAUAGAUGAUGAAACACGAUAGCUUUUGCAUUUACAGUAUGUAUUCACGCUUCCAAAGCCAAGGAAUUCGGGCGGGAAAAGAAAUCUCGAAACAAAAGCGCAUCUGAGUGAUAAAAUUACCUUUAAAAAAUGCGGAAGUUUUAAAACCACAAGGCAUGAAAUAGAUUAUGCGGAAGUCUUGAAUUACAAAACAUGAAAAGUCGAUUUAAAGACUGCCGUUUGACCACGUCAUGCAUAGUCAUAGUCUGUUAUGCGCUGAAGCCAAAAAUGCUACGUUGCUGUCAAAAAAAAAAGAAGAAAAUUGUUGAUGUUUAAUCUUGCCACAGCAGAAAACCAUGUCAUUGCUGUUGAUAUUAAUAUUUAAUUCUAUCACAGCAGAAAGCCAUGUUAUUGUUUAACCCUGUAUAUAAAUUGUAUAUAAAAAGGUAUACUAAUAUAUGUUAAUUGUUGUUAUUUUUCUUGUUGAUGUUAAAGUUGCCAAAUACUUGUCAAGCUUAAAUGCACAAAUUUAUGUAAACUGUUGCAAAUAAAAUGAAAUAUAA